AUGCUAGGCGCUAUUCCUUCGCAAAGGAAGAACAACACUGGAAGUAUAAGACGAAGAUGGUUUGUAACCCAAGCUGAGCAAGAGCAAGUAGAAUGUAGCGCGUACCGGCGUAUAACACGUGAACAACAUCAACAUCCUGCCUGCCCUUCUGAGGUUGUUCUGAGGAUGUUCCCUUUCCAGAGUCAAACUGGAAAAGGGCUCCUGGGCGUAAAGAAAGUUCUGUACGGGGGCUGA